AUAUGAUGAGAGAAAGGAAAAAAGUACAGAUUGAAAACAAAGAAAGUAUGUCUUUAAAACCUCGCAAGGUACCGUAUGUCCGUCCAGUCGUAAUAAUAAUGCUUUUUGUAUUUUGUUAAAAUUUGAUCAAAAUCAGAACAAACCAGACUGAAAAAGCUUGAAAAAUGAAAAUUCAGCCUCAGGUCAAAUUUUAAUGGUUUUGGUAUGACAAAAUGCAUAUCCGUUUUAAAUUUUCAUUUAUUCACAUAAAUUCAAAAGAAAAAAUUGACAUAAAGUUAGCCACAAAACACUUGUUACUGAAACUGUUAACCAACUUCUGGUCGAAGAGUUUGUAUACUGUGCAUUGUCUCAUCUCUAAAUUGUGGUUAGUGAACUGUCUUCGACGGGAAACUAUCUGAGAGGUGACUCUGUUGUUACUUGUGGAUUUUUUCUUUUCACUUGUCUGUAUUAUUUUGUAAUGUCUUAAUGUGUCAAGCCUGAAUUAUUUUGUCGCCAACGUUUACAGCAAGGAAAACGGCAACAGCAGCAACAAAGAAAACAACAACGAACACAACGACAGUAACGGCGAUAAUAUAAACAAAAUAACAAUACAACAACGAUGAAAACGUCGCAACAACAACAACAACGACAGCAACAAUGACAACGAUAACGAUAAGGACACCGUCAAUAAUUUUAAGUACACAAUAAUUUUGUUGUGUACUGGAGUCUAAUCGUCUUCCCAUUCUAUUUCACUACAAAUACUACGAUUUUAACUUUAUAUGAAUUAACACAAACAUUAUGCAUUUCAAGCUACCCACUCAUUUCACAGCGUGCUGGCAUAACAUGGUAAAGCUUAUUUUUUAAAAAAUUUACAAGCACGUUAAAGGGCAUAACUCAUAUUCAAUGGAGAAGUGGAUUUGUUACAAAAAAAAGAAAGUAUUUAAAUCCAAGUUUAAAAGCUGCCAUAUUUAAAACUUAUAUUGAUUUAGCAAGUGCAAACAAAACACUGAGAAUUCAGAAAUUUGAGCUUUUUUGACUCUUUUUAUUUAUGUGUUUUGAUAAGGCAUUAAGAACGUCUGAAAAAGCUUUAUCUUCACAUAUUAUAAUAUAUAAACAAUUUGGAAACUAUAAAUAUAUUACAUUACCGAAUCUUCCUCCUUUUUAUGUUUUUAUUGAGGUGAAGGGAAGAUAGAUAAUUAUAAUUAAGUGGAUCGAAGUAAUUAUAUUACAGGUUAUUGUAUAUUAAAUGAGUGAUCAAUGAAUUUGCAUGUCAGUGUGUAAUUGCGUGUAGGAUUAGAUAUCUGCCUGUAUAGUUGGAGGUAGUGGUGGUAGAGGAGGAGCGAGGAAGGUGAGAUGUUUGGGGUGAGGGUAUCAGAAAGAUCUUUUCAACAAACCUUUUACCUGACGUAUAUUUUCACUCCUGUAUAGGCAGUCUUUUUAGAUUUUAUUGGCUAGUUAAAAUAGCAAAGCACAGGGGAAAACAUAAUCGUUAAUACAAUUAUUCUAUUGAUAGGAAAGCUCCUGAAUGCGGUGUAAUUAAAUAACUAAAUAGCUAACAAAAAAAGGUUAAUUCAAUAUUUUUUAUGUAGUAAUUACAAUGAGAUUGUCAACAUGCAAGGAUGGUGUUACAGUAUGAGUACCAACCUUCGUGUGAAACAUUUAUGGCAGUUAAUUGUUUCAUAUUUAUGAGUUAACACGAUCAAGAGUUGUUUCUUUUCAAUCGUUAAAAUGGAUAAUUGGUUUUGGAGAGGUUAUUUUAAAGUUUAUUACGCUCUAUGUAGCAAAUUUUAUUUGACAAGAAGAAUAUGAUACGGGUAAAAGCUAUUACAAUCUUGUUAUGGUAAAAUUGAUAUAGUGUCUAAUGACUUAAUGAUUUCGCUAAUUUUAUUAUUACACGAACAUUGCUGAAAUAAAAAAAGUUUUUUCAGUAAGGGUUAACAGAACCCUUACUGUGUUGAAAUGCUUGUUUUUACCAUUUAAUAUUUUUUUGGCAUUUACAAGAUAAAGACACACAUACCUUUUUGUGUGUAUUUAGUGUAGUAACAAAACUUUGAAGACAAUAUGAUUCGAGCAGUUAUAGUAACCAUGCUGUUUGGGAUAAUGGCUGCAGUAUUCCCCGAAGAGAAAGUCAUAACUGAGCAACAAAAAUUCGCAAGAAAUCUCGAAUCAUUGCAACUGAGGAUUAUUCCACGAAGAAUAUAUCUAUCAGGCGAAGAUAUUAUUAAAAGAUACCAUACAACAGAUGAAAAGAAAAAUUUAGUGGAAAUAAAAUUUGGAUAUGAACUUGUUCAACCGACAGUUUGUGAAUUGUUGAAGCCCACGUUUGGGUGUUGUUGGGACAACAAGACAGCAGCUAUGGGUUUGAAUGGCAAGGGGUGCCCUGUUUGUCAAGACCGCAAGAGGAGUUGUCGAAAAUGGACAGAGUACUGCCAUGAAGUAUUAGUAAGAGAGGUUUGCCCUGAAAGUUGUCAAGCUUGUCCAAAGAAACCAUUAAACUGUCUGGAUGCGAAAGACCAGAAAGAAUUCUGCCCCAUGUAUGCCAAGUUUGGACUGUGUAAGCGACGCCAAAUUCGUGUGCAUUGCAAAAAUACUUGCAACGCUUGCGAGGAAAAAUAAAGAAACAAAUUGACAAAAGGAAUACUAAAAUUCGAAUACUAACUAUUAUGCAUAUUCAAUGCAAUAAUUAUAAUUAUCAGAUCGAAGAAAAAAAUCAAAUGUACUGCCGUUUUCACUAUGACUUUGGUUUCAUUGUUUGGUUUUCUUAACGAAAACAAAAAAUCAUUCCAUAAACCGUCACUAUCAACAUCCAAGACGAAGCAGCUAGAAGUGGGGUAUACCAUUUUAAAUCGAGUUCAAUAUCAUGCACAACACGCAUUGCCACGCAAGCCUUGAUGGGGUUGACGGCCUGCAGUGCAUCAACGGAUGACAAGUGGUUUAUUAAAAACCAGAAGAACAUUUUUUUUCUUCUAAUUUUCUUCUUUUUUGUAGAUAUGUAAAAAAUGAAAGAAAAAGUAUGUGUAUUUAUUAUAAGUAGAA